AUGGAAUUGCUUACAUAUAAUAGUAGAUUUGGUGAUCGAAUUGCAGGGCACAGGGAAAUGUUGAGAGUUGGUGGUGGAUGUUUAAAAUGCUUAAGGCAUUGUUACUCUAGGAAGCCUCUUCUGAGGGAUGUAUAUGAAGCUUUAGAUUCUUGGGGUUCUAAUUACAGUCAGGUUGCAAAGAGGCCAGAAUUGAAGGAAUUUAUUAGUGGUAAUUUAUUCGAAAAUGAUUCUGUUGGGUCAUUUAAAACAUUAAAGAAUAAGCUGGAAAGAAAAUAUGCGGCAGGUUAUAGUACUGUGAUCGCCGAGCUGUCUAACUCAAUGGAUGGUAAACUUUCUAAGGUUUUUAUUGAUAUGAUUUUCCUAAGGCGUGCUGGACGUCGACAAUAUCAGUCAUUUGUUGAAGUUCUGCAAACUAUUAUAAACCAACCAUUGAAAGCUGAGGAAAAGUUUAGGAUGAUUUAUUAUACUAUUAGUCUGCAGAAAGCUCUGUAUCCCACAUUGAGCGAGAAUAAUGGCGUACUUGUUCCAGAUGAGAUCCACCGGUGGUUCUAUCAAAAUGUGCAACCUCAGGAAUACUUCAAUCAUUAUUAUUUCUUGAUAAAAAAUAAUGUGUUGCUCCAGUCCCAUUUUGCUAGUUUAAUGUUGCUACGUUUACUGAAGGGUUCGGAAAUGGACUCUCAGCUGGCAUCAUUUCAAUUAUUCUUAUACGAUAAGAAGGAUAAGAACAUAUUUGACAAAAAAUUUACGUUGUUGUACAACUAUUACAAUAUGCAUAUUAUUAUCAACUAUACUAUCCAAAGGGGAGAUUUUAGAUUUAUUCAAAACUAUUUUGAGGCCAUGGGGCGUCGGUUAGAGACCAAAGAGUUGUUGAACGAAGAAAUCCCAGCUAAUGCUCGGAAACUGAUGUUUAUGAAUUACACGAAUACCAUGUUGCGUUAUGCUAGAGCAUCAAAUGAUCCAAAGCUAUUUUUCGGGAUGUUCACUACCUUUGUUAGUUCUCUUUCUACUGAUAUCGAUCCAUCAUUUAUCCAUAAACCGCUGAAACAGGUCAUCGAUUAUUUUCGUGAGAAUAACUUACCCAAGUAUGUAUUCAAGGUGAUGGCCCUAUUAAACAAGUUCCCUUUAGCUAACUCAAAUAAGAAAUUUACCAGUCUUAAAUUGGGUACCAUUGUUUCAACACUACGUUCCUUUAGUGAUGUCAAGUUAACUACAAGUUAUGUGGUCAGAACUUACAGGUCCACGAAGACAAAAUAUAUGUUAAAUGAAUUGGGUCUGUGGAAAUUAGUAUUUGAUGGAAAUAUUGGAAAGUUAUCUGGAAGUGCCCUCUAUUCUGCUGAGGAGGACGCAAAAGUUCUUCCUAUUGACGUACCAUUGUCGAUGACACUGAACUCCAUUCCAGAUAACUGUGUCUUAUGUGAGCUGUACCAGGCAAUUCUUAACGACCAAAGGACGAAAUUAAUAGAGCAAGAGUAUCGGGAUUUAGUGAUUCAAUUGUUUGGGCUUUAUAAAAACUUCAUCGUUCGCCACAGGCACAAAUUCCUAUAUUAUAAAGUUAACACUAGCGUAUUGCGAACAUUCAUGCAUAAACUGAGAUUUGAACUCCACGAAGAUAAACUAGCUUAUCAACUGUUAUUAGAUUUUUACCAAACUAUUAAAAUGAAAUCAAGAUCUGCUUCUAAAUACUCUCCAUUUGGCAUUAUGCUAUAUAAAAAUAAUUCUUUGAGCCAGACUGAAGUUAAUCAAGCAUUAAAAAUUAUGGAGGAGUGCUCUAUUCCAUUGGACUUUAAAACGUUAACAACCAUGGUUUUGAGGUGUAUAGCAAUGAAUGAUAUCGAAAAGGCACACAACUGGUAUAUGAAGAUAGUUAAUGGACGAUUCCAAAUAAAGAACUAUGACAUUAUAAAUGCUGCAGUAAGCCACGGGUGGAAAUUGCCAAGUGAUGUUGACGUUUCAACUUUAUCUAAACCAACUGAAAAAGUUGAAGCAAACUCUCCUACGGAUCCACUGGACCCUUAUUUAGAUGAAGAUGCUUUGGAUUACGCUGAUUUACUUGUCGAACAAGUUGAACAAAUAGCACAAAAAAUGGAAAGCAAUAUUCAAAGCCCUGCCUGA